GAUAAAUGCUCCGCUGUGUCUAUGCAUUUAAGGGGCCGGAGUGUAAGAUUUAGAAAGUGUAUUUUUUCUUUGAAAUAUUUAACAUGACGUCAGAGACGUUAAUUGAGUUGUAGCAUCAUUUAUCUGGGUCGAUAGAGGGCGUUGGAAAUUUGCCUUGCCAAGAUUGACAAAGAUUUAAAGUUCAGCCCGUCGUGACUUUACAGUAGAAUUCAAGAUAAUCGGUACAAGUCCAAUGUUAUUGAACAUGCUCGAUGGUAUGCUCGAUGGUAUGCUAGAUGGUAUGCCCAGAUUGUAUACUUCAUGCAUCGUAUGAUAACUGGAAAUUCCGCGUCACCGAGUCUUUUGUUUGAGUACUGUCUACUGUCAAGUCACUAGUAGUUAUACGUCACAAAAAAAAAAACAUUUUUUAAAAAUUUGUUUAGUGUAAGAUUUAGAAAGUGUAUUUUUUCUUUGAAAUAUUUAACAUGACGUCAGAGACGUUAAUUGAGUUGUAGCAUCAUUUAUCUGGGUCGAUAGAGGGCGUUGGAAAUUUGCCUUGCCAAGAUCGACAAAGAUUUAAAGUUCAGCCCGUCGUGACUUUACAGUAGAAUUCAAGAUAAUCGGUACAAGUCCAAUGUUAUUGAACAUGCUCGAUGGUAUGCUCGAUGGUAUGCUAGAUGGUAUGCCCAGAUUGUAUACUUCAUGCAUCGUAUGAUAACUGGAAAUUCCGCGUCACCGAGUCUUUUGUUUGAGUACUGUCUACUGUCAAGUCACUAGUAGUUAUACGUCACAAAAAGUUCAAUAACAAUCGUCACCGUAAGAACAGUCGUCACCGUCAAGAACAGUCGCCAUGAGUGGAUCAUCUGAAAGUAUCAAGUCCGAGGACUCGGCCAGCCAAGGUGGUAAGAGUUCAACAGCGUCAUCGAGGAUAAAGACGAAGGCCAAGAAGGCAGCCCUGGCAGCAGAGCUAGCAUCCUUGAAGGAACAGCAUGAGUUAGAGCUUCAAGAAUUUCAUCUACAGCAAAAGAAGGCACAGUUUAUGUUAGAAACUAAGCUCAAAGUUGCAGCAGCAGAAGAGGCUGUAUAUGAACAAUUUGAUCAGCAUCCCAGUCAACUCGACAUUAAGAUAGAACCCACAAGUGAAGAACUUGGUCAACAGCAGCAGCCCAUUCAGCCACAGAUUCAGGCCAGCGAGCAUCGCAACAAUGUACGUCAGGAGAAUUUGGAAGACACAAUGCCAUACCCGCAGCACAACCAAGAUUUGUAUCAGUAUCAGCAAAUACAGCAUCGUUUGUUGGAAGCAAUAAGCCUGUCAAAUGUGGAAAUCAUGAAGUUUAACGGUAACCCUUUACACUAUCAUGAGUUCAUGGCAUGUUUUGAUAAUUUGAUAGGCUCGUCUACACUAGACAGAGGGACAAAGCUCAUGAAGUUGUAUCAGUGCUGUGAAGGGGAUGUAAAGAACAUCAUACAGUGUUGUAUGGUAAUGGAUCCAGUGCUAGGAUAUCAACGCGCCAGAGAAUUACUGAGAGAACGCUUUGGCAGUAGAUUUAAGAUAGGAGAAGCAUGGAUUGAACAGAUAACUAAUGGUUCAGCACUUCAUGCAAAUGAUAGAACUGGACUACGCAAGUUUGCUGACGAAUUACAGGUAUGUCUUGAGACUCUUAAGGCAUUGAAUCUGACAAAGGAAAUCAGCAGUAACAGAGAGCUGGUCAAACUGGCAGAAAGACUACCAUUUCAUCUCAAAGCUAGAUGGUUGAAAGUAGUGAGAGACAUUAGGCAAAGAGGUCGAUCUCCAGAUAUCACUGACAUGGUGAAGUUUGUAUCUGAUGCCGCCGAAGAAGUUAACGAUCCAGUCUUCGGUGAGCUGACUGCGACUUCUCCAAGAUCAGCAUCUAAACCAAGCUUCAACAAGCAACAUUCAAAGAGCAGCUACUCUACAGCAGUCACUGAUAAUUCAAGCUUUCCUAAGCCCAAGAAGUGCUUCAAGUGUUAUCAAGACCAUACCUUGUUUGGUUGUGACAGCUUUAAGUCUCUGACACCUGAUGAGAGAUUUAAAUUUGCACAAGAGAACAGACUAUGUUUCAAUUGCUUGCAACAAGGUCAUACCAGCAGAAUUUGUAAGUUGAACCGAACAUGCUCAGUACCAGGAUGUCAGAGAAAACAUACAAAGUUUCUCCACUUAUUUCGGGAAAGCUUGUCACCUGAAAGAGGUACUCCGCAUCAAGAGAUAGAGAAUCAGCCUCAACCAAAUAAACAUUUGAUAUCAUCUUCCACUCAAACGCCAUUUGAUGAAAUCCAAACAGCUCAGAAUAGCUUCAUUGAUAAGUCGGUCACAGGGGCCGGUAGGUGUGUACUUCCCAUCGUUCCAGUUAGGGUAAGGGCACACAACGAGAGCCAGUCUGUUGAAACUUACGCACUCCUAGAUACUGGUUCUACCAGCACGUUUUGUACAGCAGCCCUAUCCAGACAACUUAAUGCAGUGGAAAGGAAGCAAAGUCUAAAUCUAUCAACACUUGGAAGAUCUAACAGCACAGUAGAUACAUCAGUUGUUAGCCUCAUAGUAGACACAGGCAAAGAUACAGAGAUAGUGAAGUUACCACGUGUAUAUACAAGAGAGUCAAUCAACGUCAAAGAAUCUCACAUCGCCAAGAUGGAAGACAUAAGAGGAUGGAACCACCUAGAAGGAAUCAACAUUCCUAUCGUCACACAACAUGAAGUUGGACUUUUGAUCGGACAAGAUGUGCCUGGAGCAUUGAUACCUAUAGAAAUUAGAGCAUCCGAGGAUGGACCUUAUGCUGUAAGAACCAAAUUAGGAUGGGCAGUAAGUGGUCCUGUCCAGCCCAAGAUGCCAGAAGACAUACACACAGCUACUACAAGCUUUGUUGGUAGCGACAUCAAACUGGAGGAUGGCAGACUUCAGAUAUUCAGGAAGAAUGAAAGCUCAGAAGUUCUUCAGAAGGACAAGGUUUCGUCCAUCAAUGUUAGUAAUGCGUCAGCUUUCCGGGAGAGUAGUGGUAAAAAGGAUGGAGUUCACAACCUAUCGCCAACGUCGUUUGAGAAGAAAACGCCAAAACUACCAGACGACAUUUUGACUGCAGAACAGCGUUUGCAGUCGUCACCCAAGAGAUUACUGAUAGAUGAUACACUUCAGAAGAAACACCAAGUGGACGUAGAACAUAUGCUAAGUAACUACUCUAUAAUGAAAGUUAAUAAGACAGAACAAUUAGAAGAUAUAACCUCAUUGUACUUACCUCACCAUUUAAUCAUAAGUCCACAAGUUAUUAGUGAUUGUGUGGCAAAGCAUAAUGAAGAAGCAUUACCUGACAAGGUUCCACAGGGGCCGGACCUGGCCAAUCUGCCCAGAGUGUCACCUGGUAAACCUUUAUUUGGCUACAUGUAUUUUGGAGUUGACAGUUUCACACCGUACAUUGUAAAACAAAGAAAUUCAGAAAAGGGAUACGGUUGAAUCUGUACACGUACAUGUUUGGUCAUAAAAAUUAUCUGAUACAUAUGUAUUUUGUUAGAGAAAAUAUUUGAAUUUAAGGCACUACAAAGAUAUAUUUCUCAUUGUGGUGAAAGUGUAAAAAUGUAGCAGGUGAGAUCCAAAAAGGACCAGUUCAGAAAUCGUAUUUUUGGAAAUAGCAGAAAGUUUAAAAUUAGUGAGUAAAAUUUUCUUUAUAUUGAAUUUGCUCUUAUAGAACAAUACAAGACGAUUAGUGUGGUACCAGGUCGAUUGAAAAUUGAUAAUUUGAUAGCACAGCAAAAGCAGGAAUUGCUAAUCAAGGAAAAGGAAUUUGCAUCAGUUAUCAAGAAUUGUUUUGAAAUGCUCAAAGGAAUGUUCAAAAAUUUGAAACCAAUCAUUCUCAUUGUUUCGAGAUGAAUGACUGUUAGAGUGGAGGACAUUUUCAAGCAGUUUAUCACGACGACAUUCAGCCAAGCAGCAAAUCAUUCUUAAAGAAUGGAAAGUUUAGAAACAUUCAAGACUUAAAACAAGACUAUAAUGAAUCAUGAGUUACAACAUGAACAGUUUGAAAUUGACGACAACAUGAAGAACUUUGAAUUUCAAGAUGAUGGACAUAAUAAGUUCCGAAAUUCAUUAAAACGUUUAUUAAAUUGUGGAUUGAAGAAAGACUAUAUAAAAGGGAUAUUUCAACUUGAUAAGAGACUAGUUAAUCUAGUAAAUGUAUCUCAUCCUCAGGAUGUAUUUUUUGUGUAUUUUGUGAUCUAAAAGGCAUAUUUGAUGAUCACAGUUGAUAAAGUAUGUUAUUCAAACAAGACUAUUCUUACAAAGGUGCCAGAUUUGAUGCAGAGAGUUUGAUAUUGUCAUUGCUGAUUAAGAGGAGACAAAAAAUACAUCCUGAGGAUGAGAUACAUUUACUAGAUUAACUAGUCUCUUAUCAAGUUGAAAUAUCCCUUUUAUAUAGUCUUUCUUCAAUCCACAAUUUAAUAAACGUUUUAAUGAAUUUCGGAACUUAUUAUGUCCAUCAUCUUGAAAUUCAAAGUUCUUCAUGUUGUCGUCAAUUUCAAACUGUUCAUGUUGUAACUCAUGAUUCAUUAUAGUCUUGUUUUAAGUCUUGAAUGUUUCUAAACUUUCCAUUCUUUAAGAAUGAUUUGCUGCUUGGCUGAAUGUCGUCGUGAUAAACUGCUUGAAAAUGUCCUCCACUCUAACAGUCAUUCAUCUCGAAACAAUGAGAAUGAUUGGUUUCAAAUUUUUGAACAUUCCUUUGAGCAUUUCAAAACAAUUCUUGAUAACUGAUGCAAAUUCCUUUUCCUUGAUUAGCAAUUCCUGCUUUUGCUGUGCUAUCAAAUUAUCAAUUGUUUUGAAAUGGUAUCAUUUGUGUGACGUAUAACUACUAGUGUCCCGCCAGUGAUACCAUUGAAGAAAGACUAUAUAAAAGGGAUAUUUCAACUUGAUAAGAGACUAGUUAAUCUAGUAAAUGUAUCUCAUCCUCAGGAUGUAUUUUUUGUGUAUUUUGUGAUCUAAAAGGCAUAUUUGAUGAUCACAGUUGAUAAAGUAUGUUAUUCAAACAAGACUAUUCUUACAAAGGUGUCAGAUUUGAUGCAGAGAAUUUGAUAUUGUCAUUGCUGAUUAAGAGGAGACAAAAAACAGGUUCACUUUUGAGUUUAAACACCGACUCAAUUCAAGUGUUUUUGCAAGAAAAGAAUAGUUGGAAAUAUUCAAAGAGUUGUAAGGAUUGAAGAUACAUAACGUUAGAUUUAUACUUUGUGUAUAUACUGUAUGCUCAGCUAGAAUUGGAAUUUAAUCUGUGAAGACCCAGAAAAUUAUAUGAUAUUGUGUAAUAGGGAACACAAUGUUUGUAAAAAUAAUAGGACAUGGAUGUUAAUUUAUGUUUUAAAGGGACAAUGUUUUAUAGAUGAUUGCGGGAAAAAAGCAAUUCAUUAUUUUUCUUGAGCAUAACUGAAUGUCUCUAGGUCACAAGCAUUUAAAGUUUAUAUCAAAUUAUUUUCUAGACUGCCAUAUUGGAAAGGGUUGUCGAUUUCAAUUGUUGUCAAAGCCUAUUAUGUGUACUAAAGCAAAUAGUGCAUGUUAUUAUUUAUAUACAGGUACAUGCAAUUUAAAGGUAUUUGGAGUUCAGUGUAUUCUUGUUUACCAGUCAGUUCAAAUGAUUAAAGGGAAGCAAGAUACAGUGUAAAUUUUAAUCGUGAAAGAAAAAAUUGAUAAAUGCUCCGUUGUGUCUAUGCAUUUAAGGGGUCGGAGUGUAAGAUUUAGAAAGUGUAUUUUUUUCUUUGAAAUAUUUAACAUGACGUCAGAGACGUUAUUGAGUUGUAGCAUCAUUUAUCUGGGUCGAUAGAGGGCGUUGGAAAUUGGUCUUGCCAAGAUCGACAAAGAUUUAAAGUUCAGCCCGUCGUGACUUUACAGUUAGAAUUCAAGAUAAUCGGUACAAGUCCAAUGUUAUUGAACUUUGUGUGACGUAUAACUACUAGUGACUUGACAGUAGACAGUACUCAAACAAAAGACUCGGUGACGCGGAAUUUCCAGUUAUCAUACGAUGCAUCAAGUAUACAAUCUGGGCAUACAUCUAGCAUACCAUCGAGCAUACCAUCGAGCAUGUUCAAUCUGUAGCAUAAAAAUAUAAACAAACAAUAAUAAGCAUCUGUAUAUGCAGUUACAUUUAUGUACUUGCAUGAGAUGAAAUAAAUAGUCUAUGUAUUGCACAAAUUAUUUGUGACGUUUGAAUCUUGCAUAAAUAAAUAUUCUGGUUUCCUGUAACAAAUUU